GGCUGAAUGUUUUUUACUUGAAUUGUAGGUCUGCAGUGAUGCAAGUUUAGUGUGUUCACUUCUAUUACACAGCUUGCAUGUACUUUUCGUGAAUUAGUUAGAAAUGCAUUCAUAACCCUGAAUGUUACUUGUAGCCGGUUCCUUUGAGGCGUCGUGGGCGAUGCCCUCCCUUGCAGCUACUCAUCGCGUAUCAAGGCCAGCUUGCUUUCCCGGUUCGGCAGUUCUUGGAACACGCCAGACGCAUAGUCGUCGCCACAUUCCCACGACGCGUUGCCAGGGCCACCAGCAGCAAUCACAGCAAGCAUUACAGCCAUUGCAACAGCUUGAUAACGAACAGAAGCAAUGCACGCAUCUAGAGCAGCAACAUCCGCAGCAGCCUGAAGCAGGCCUGUCGAGCUUGCCAAGCCACGACGCAGCAACAGUCAGCCGAAUGGCUAGAAUGCAGCAAAACUUCAAUUCGGCCGGCGUGGGCCUGUUCCUGAGCAUGUUCGGGGGCAACCAAAGCCUGGCGUUGCCUCAUUUGGCAGCACCCGACAUCCGCCAUGUGGACUGGGAGGGGCUACGGGCGGCUGGUUUCCGAGGAGUUGUGUUCGAUAAGGACAACACGCUAUCGCUGCCAUUUGCGCUGGAGGUUGAGCCGCGACUUCGGAGCUCCCUGGCGAGUUGCCUGAGGGCCUUCGAGGGGCGAGCAGUGUUGUACAGCAAUAGCGCGGGACUCAAACAGUACGACCCGGAAGGUGAGGAGGCUCGACGGAUGGAAGCGGCGCUAGGCGUUCCAGUGUUGCGACAUGAAGACAAGAAGCCGGCGGGCGGGUUUGCGGAGCUGGAGAGCCAUUUCGGCUGCCCCGUCGCGGAUCUGGUGAUGGUGGGGGACAGGUACCUAACCGACAUCGCGUUCGGUAACCGACACGGCAUGCUAACGGUGCAUGUCCAACCGCUAACCACCAAGGGCGAGCCGUUCGGAGUUCUGUUGGCGAGACGAGUCGAGGAGUUCUUUGUGGCGCGGUGGACCGCUGCUGGCGUGCACCCGCCCGCCCACAAUCGGCUGCCGUACUCCGCACUCCACGAGUAUGUCCGGGAGCCGAAGCUGUAAAAUCACAGUGACGUUGCUGCUACUGCUACUGCCACGUAACGGUCGAGUCUGUUCCUUCAAGCUGUUGUGAUUGCGAAAAGGGUUUACACUGCAGCGGCUGUCUUGGACACGUGGAAAAGGUUACACUGGAGAAGCCAGUCAGCUAGAGAACAUGCGUAUGUGGUACGACGAGCAAGCAUGUGCAUUUGGAUUAGACGUGCGAGAUCCUAUUAUGCGUGGCCCGGACUAUGGUAAAGUGAAGGCCAUCGACUGUACAUGACAAAAGCAGGAGGGAGCAGGGAGGGCGCCAGCCCGCGGCGGUGUGCAGGAGUAGUUGUCAUUUGUUCGCAGCCGAAUAGGGCACCGGAUAAACCAGACGAUGAGUCAGAUGAUUAACAUACCAGAUGUUGUGUACUCGUGAGGUGGAUUGCGGAGGGUGUAGGGGCUAGCAAGUGCUUCCUCGCUUUGUCCUUGACUUGGUAUCAUUGCGGUAUAAUUGCUGGUUGUUAUACUGGUUGUUACAGCGGAAGUUACACUUACUGGAGGACAGUAGCUGAGACCAAGGCGCAUGCCACGUGAAAUGCGGUCGUGUAA